AUGCCCUGGUACUAUAAUAUCUUGGUUUCUAGCGGUGAGCCUGGGCCGAGGAAUAUCACCGUGAAUACGGAGUACCUAGGUAAGGAUCUCGCCUGGCCUUUCCCUUCAAAACUGGCCAAUGGAAUUAUUGAGAUUCCGGAGACUGACGAAGGGAAACCCAUAUCAGCGGCUCUGCAGGGCCAAGGGCGUGAUACGACGUCUGGGCUGGGCUGCGCGGCCCUAUCAAAUGGGGAUGGUGCAUCGUGCAUCUCAGCUCAGGUCUACGCACCCUUUGGCCUUAUCUCGGCGGCGUAUAUAUGCUGUGGCAAUGGUUGGUUGUCUUGGCUGGACGCUUUGAAGCAAACCGACAGCAGAUGA